UAAUUUUUUCAUAUAUAUAUAUAUAAGUAUAACUUCAACAUUUUGAUGCAUUCUCAACUCAAGCUUUCUUUUGUUUGGGUAAACAAACUUUGAGGGAUUUUCAUCAACCAACCAUCCAUCAUGGCUACUUCAUCCUCAACUUCGGUUUUUAAGUUAAUUAUUAGGGCAACACUUCUACCUCUUCUCCUCUUUCUCGAUUCUUCUAGUGCUGAUAAAGCUCCAUAUUACACAUUUGCCAAAGACGCAACAAGUGCACCUACAACUGCAUUCUACGACUACAUCAUUAUCGGCGGAGGUACCUCCGGUUGUGCACUCGCGGCCACCCUCUCCGAAGGGGCCAACGUUCUCCUUCUCGAAAGAGGAGAAAUGCCCUAUGGAAUCCCAUCCAUUAACCACAUAGAAUCGUUCGCCAACACACUAGCCAACCUUUCCCCGACUUCUCCAUCCCAAACUUUUAUCUCUACCGAUGGAGUAAUAAACUCCCGAGCCCGAGUCUUAGGUGGUGGAACGUGUCUCAACGCAGGCUUCUACACCCGAGCGAACCCCGAGUUCUUGAACCGGGUAGGGUGGGAACCACAGUUGGUGAAAGAAUCGUAUGAGUGGAUUGAGAGGAAGUUGGUAUUCGAACCGUCGAUUCUGCAGUGGCAGUCGGCGGUUCGAGAUGGGCUUUUGGAAGCCGGAGUGGGGCCUUAUAAUGGUUUCACUUACGAUCAUAUAAUCGGAACUAAAGUUGGGGGUACGAUUUUCGAUCAAAAUGGUAGACGUCACACGGCCGCGAAUUUAUUGGAGUAUGCUGAUCCUCAUAGGCUUACCCUUCAUUUGAAUGCAAAUGUUCAUCAAAUAUUGUUCAAUGAAAAUGGAAAGAUAAAUCCAAUGGGCUAUGGUGUUCUAUACAAGGACUCUAGAGGAAACAUUCACAAGGCUUUACUCAAUAAAGGGGCCAUGAAUGAAAUCAUCUUAUCAGCUGGGGCUUUAGGGAGUCCACAAUUGUUAAUGUUAAGUGGGAUCGGGCCAAAAGCCCAUCUCAUGGACCAUGGGAUCAAAGUCAUAUUGGACUCGCCAUUGGUCGGGGAAGGAAUGUCCGACAACCCGACAAACGUGGUAGUCGUUCCUUCCCCUCGCCCGGUUGAAGUGUCCCUCGUACAAAUCGUGGGUAUCACCCCGUUUGGUAGCUUUAUCGAAUCAGCCAGUGGGGUACAAUUCGGAGUCAAACUUCCUAGCCUAACCGAUUAUAUUGCACUAAUGAAUAACACGGAUCAACCUACGACUAUCUUGCCUGAACAAAUUCCUCCUUUUUUUAAUGCGGCUUCGAGAUCUGGAAUCAUACUGGAGAAAGUUAAUGGGCCUUUAUCAACGGGUCAUUUGGAGUUAGAAUCAACUGAUGCAUAUGUUAACCCAAAAGUAACAUUCAACUAUUUUAAAGAUCCACAAGACUUAGAAAAGUGUGUGAAGGGGUUGGAAACCAUAAUUCGAGUACUCGAGUCGAAAGCGAUGUCUAGUUUUCGUUAUCCAUUUGUGACGGUUCAAGCCCUAUUCGAUAUGAUGUUAACCCUACCCGUGAACCUUCGACCUAGACACCUCUCCUCUAGCUUCUCUUUGGAACAAUAUUGCAAAGAUACGGUUACAACCCUUUGGCAUUAUCACGGAGGGUGUCAAGUAGGAAAAGUGGUUGAUCGUGAUUACAAAGUUAUUGGAGUCAAUGGUUUGCGAGUCAUUGAUGGCUCUACAUUUUUAGAGUCCCCCGGAACCAAUCCUCAAGCUACUGUCAUGAUGAUGGGAAGGUAUAUGGGACAGAAAAUCUUGAAUGGGAGGCAAGCUAAGAAAUAAAAGAGGAAGGCGGGUUACUUUCUUGAGCUCUAAUAAUCUUUAUAUUUUAUUUCUAUCUAUAAGAUUCAUAUAUAGUGUGUCGAAUUGAGGAUUAUUCAUAUAGAAGUUACUUUGUCAAAAGAAUGCUGUAAUAUUUGGAUUUUGGAAGUGAUCAAAAUAUAGAAGAGUUAUAUGUUCUUUUUUA